ACUGUGACGUGUCAUCACACUGCAAAUAGUCCCGCGAAAAAUCCCUGGGACUCCGACCGUCGACACCAAAACAAGAACCGGAACCAGACCCAGAACCAGACCCGUUUAGAGACGUCAUGGUGCAGGAGUUUCACGUGGUUCGAUGUUUCAGUUGUGAAAAGUUCCAGGUUCAACAGGUGAAGAAGGCCACCAGGUGGACCUGUAAAGUCUGUGGAGAGAAGCAGUCCCUGCUCAAGGAGUUUGGGCGGGGCUCCGGGCCGGACUGCAGACGUCAUGUUCAGAAACUGAACUCCAUGGUGGGGGAGCAGGAGGAGUCACCAUGGGAACCUGAGGAGGGGAAAAACCACCAGGUGACCGUGACACAGACUCAGGUGAGUCGCUGGAGCAAAUACAUGGCAACACCUGAGGAGGCGGAGCUAGAGGAGGACCAGCAGCUGCAUGGCAACAACAUGACUGACAGGAGGAGAAGAGAUUCACCCGAGCAGUUCUGCAGGAACCCUGAGAAACCAUCAGCCAGAACCAGCCGGGCCCCCGAGUCCAGCCGGGCCCCCGAGUCCAGCCGGGCCCCCGAGUCCAGCCGGGCCCGUUCCAGGUCACCAAAUGAGAACAAAUUGAUUUGUGGUCAUUUUUCGAGGGGGACUUGUUUCCUCGGUUGUGACUCUGAGCUGCAGGAGUCACGUGACCCAGUUGUCAAUGGGGUGUGUCAACAAGUUGGUGGGGACACAUCUCUGUCCUGUGGUGACAUCAUCACCAGCUCCCGCCCACUACUUCCUGUUUCCUCCCUGUUUGAGACUGAAGAUGAUUUCAGCUGUGACAAUGACGAGUUUUAAUAAGAAUAAUUAAACUUAACGAUUUAA